AUGUUGACAAUUAAAUUUACAAAAAUACUUUUAAUCAAAUUGAAUCCAGUCCACCAAACGGCGACAAUUAAAACUAUUCGUGGGAAACGUUUUUGCUUAGAUUUACUCGGUGGGUGUGGAAACUGCGGCGGUCAAGUUUACCGACGACCAAGGCCACAGCCUCGACCAGCAGUCCAAUACUAUCAACCUGUUUACUAUCCAUAUCCGGUUCCGGUCCAGGCACCGGCACCUGGACCAGCGCCUCAGCCACAAGCCUCCACAGCCGCACCGAAAGCCGCAGGCGAGGCAAAAGCACCAGCCAAGAAAAAGCCUCCACCGGCGCGAAAGCCUCCGCCGAAUGUGCCAAAGGCCAAACCUCCACCGCCUCGCAAGGCACCGCCGAAAAAAGGUCCACCCAAUGCUGCGAAACCACCGGCGAAACCCGCAGGCAAACCACCGGCUAAAAAGAAGCCUCCAGCGAAAAAGCCUCCAGCUAAAAAGAAACCGAAAAAAGGUAAGAAGGGAAAAGGUUAA